AUGGCGGAGACUGGCACAAGCCGCCCGCCCGCCUCUGGCACCGACGCCGGCGACUUCCCGGAGCUCCUAGGUUUCUGCGCACGCGCGGAGGCCCUCAUCGCUGAGCUGCUCCUGCUCUCCGACCGCGCACCUCCGCUGUUCGCAGACCGCCACUUCGACCCGUCCUCUUCGACUUCCGAUAUUCUUCUCCUUUCUGAUGGCGCCGUCACUUACCACGGAGAGCUCUGCAAUUACCUGAAUGAUCUGCAGGUUCCUUAUUUUUUAGCUGACUUGGAUAUUCACAUGCAUGCCAUAAACAAGGAGUAUGUGCUCAAUAAUUCUCAGAGUCUUCUUUCUGUCAUUAGAGAAUGCAAUUUCACUCUCCGUUGGCUUUUGCUUCACCGCAUGAACAAUCUGGCUAUAGAAGGCCUGAGGAGGCAGCAGUGCGGUGCGUGGAGGCAGAGGCCCAGCGGUUAUCUCUGCAAGCGUGUUUCACCAUUUUUGCAGAUCAUCUCUCUAGAAGAGAUUCUGACCAAAGACAAGAGAUGUUGA